GAGAGAGAUGCUGACUGCAGAUCCGAGGCGCCACUGGAGAUUCGCAAGAAGAAGCAAAAACCCAUUACUGCACCUCUUGGUACUUCCCCUUGGUACUCGUUGCAUUUCGCGCGAGAGAGGGUGAAAAAAAUACCCACACUGCUGCUCCCAUCCUUGAGCCGUAUGCAGUAAUCUCGGAAUUGCUUCCCGCUAAAUUACAAGCUUCUGAAAACCGCAGGAGAUUGAUAUCAGAUGCAUUUAGCCAUUUAACCACCCCUUCUUGGAUUCAGAUGCAUCCGUAAUGAACAUACGUAUUUGUAAAUAUCGUCUCCAGGAGAUCCUACAGAUUUAACUAAUUCUUCCUGCUUCACGGCUUCCACAAAUGGAUUCCAUAAACGGGUCUUUGGGCUUUGAGGAUGCAAGGAAUAUUACCCUUUAUAACGAGUCGCUGUUCCAAAACAACUUAAGUCAGUUCAACGAAACGGACGACGACCUGUUUCCGCGCAGCGUGAGGAUCACCAUCACACUGGUCUACAUGAUCGUGUGCACGGUGGGACUUGUGGGGAACUGCUUGGUGAUGUAUGUCAUUAUCAGGUACACAAAGAUGAAAACAGCCACCAAUAUCUACAUCUUUAACCUGGCUUUGGCUGAUGCUCUGGUCCUGGCUACACUCCCUUUCCAGGGCACAGAUGUGUUUCUAGGUUUCUGGCCCUUUGGCAAUAAAUUGUGCAAGGCAGUGGUUUCCAUCGACUACUACAACAUGUUCACUAGUGUGUUCACCCUUACUGUAAUGAGCAUGGACCGUUAUGUGGCUGUGUGUCAUCCUGUCAAAGCCCUGGAUAUGAGGACACCCCACAAGGCCAAGGUGGUUAACAUAUGUGUGUGGCUAUUGGCCUCUGCCAUUGGGGUACCGGCCAUGGUGCUUGGAGAUGUUGAGUAUGACCAUGGAAUCGAGUGUAUCUUGGUCCUUCCAGAACCACGCAGUUAUUGGGACCCAGUAUUCGGCACAUGUGUGUUCCUGCUCUCCUUCUUAAUUCCAGUGGCCAUUAUUAGUGUGUGUUAUAGCCUGAUGGUGAAGCGCCUGCGCAAUGUUCGUAUUUUGUCUGGUUCCAAGGAAAAGGAUCGCAACCUACGGCGCAUAACGCGCAUGGUGUUGGUGGUGGUGGCAGCAUUUGUGGUGUGUUGGACACCCAUCCAGAUUAUGGCACUUGCACAGUCACUGGGUGUCAACCUGGGCAGUGUGCACACUGUGGUGCUCAUGCACUUCUGCAUUGCACUUGGCUAUGUCAAUAGCAGCCUAAAUCCAGUACUCUAUGCUUUUCUGGAUGAGAACUUUAAGCGCUGCUUCCGCGAAUUCUGCCAACCACCAUCACCUUUCAGCCUGCAUGCGCAGCAGCAGUCGGGCCGCAUGCACAGCGUGGCACGAGAUGUUGCUUACAACUGCAAAACUACAGAGGCAAACAGUAAUGCGGCAUGACUAGGCGUGGAGCUGCCCCUGGUCAGCCCGGAACAGCCACCAAAUCCAGGGACAGGACAUUCUAAUUCAGAGCUCACUCAGAUCACUGUUCUCUAGCACUGUCUAGGCAUGAAGGAAUGGAAAGUACAAGGACCCAGGGUGAGGUCAAAAUCAAUGACACACCUAACCUUGGGGGCAAAGGGGCUCACUUUUUAGUCUUUUGCAGAUUAGAUAUUAACAUCUUCAUUUUUUGCUUGAUUUUUAAAAAGAGAUCCCUGUCACUUGCUGGUAACACAAAAGAGAUGCUUUUGAAUAUUGUCAGCAUUUAUUGUUUAUUUCAAUGGGACUACUUGCCUUAAAUAGAUUAUAAACUGUCUUAAAGUCAAGUCGAAGCCUGAGUGACAUCGAUGGAGCUUAUCUCACAUGCUUUUAAACAUGUUACCUUCAGAUAUAACCACAUUCCAUUGAAAACAUAAAACAGAGACUUCUCUGUUAAAAUCAGAUGUAUAUUUAUUUAAAAAUGCUAUGUUGAAAAGCCUGUUUUUCCUGCAACAAAAAGAAAAAAACAUCUUUGGCAGGAUUAUCCUCUAGCAUAAUUUGUAUAGAAGGAAAAUUUAUAGUGCAUUUAGUGUUAUAUUAAUCAGUGCAUACAAUGAAGUUAAUUAGCAUGAGUCUUUGUAUUCUUACUGUCAUCUGUCAAUCAUACCUCUGAUAUUCUUGAAUGUUUUGAGUGUACCCAGCAUCUUGGUUCGCUACCUCGUGUUAUGGUGAGUCAGAAACAAGAAGUAAGCUUUCUCAUCAGUUUACAUCAAUGACCACUGAAUGUCAAAUGACUUUUUAAAGAAGCCAAAAAAAGUUAUAAAAAGGUAGAAUUGUUCUCUGAACAGUAGUCUAGAAAUGACACUGUAAGAGUUUUUUCAUGUACGCUGUAUUUAAUGUUGUAAUGAUUUGUUCACUUGCUGAAAUGUAUUGGUUUACUUAGUUAUUUCUGGAAUUAUUUAUUAAUCAAGCAAAUUGUUGAACAAACAAAUGCUGAUGAAAUUGUCAUGUAAGUUAUCACUAUGGAGUCUAAACAGUUACUAUAUUCUGAGCUUAAUACUGCAAAUACUAUCUAUUUUUUCUGUAUGUAUGUGCAUUAAAUGGUAUUGCAAACGUCUGUCACACCUUUUUUAUAAAUCCGGUUUUCUUUUUACCACUUUUUCAGCAAGUACAAAAACACGAUAAAAAGCAAAUGAAGUGGGAGUGUAUUUAAAAUGGAAAAGGUAUCUUUUAUCAUAGCAUUGCUAAAUAUGAAUCAGUUCAAUUGUCCACAUCUUUUAUGAUGUGUUGAUGUGUGGAAUUGUGAAACAUGGGGUGUAACAGCUGAAAUCCAUCUAUACCAAUUCCUUGGUAAAAACUUAAAUGGUGCCCCUAUUUUAAUGCUGUGCACCAUGUAUUGCAAUAUUAUUCACCCAUCUACUAGAAUAUGACAGAGAGACUUUUUCAAAAUGUAGUGUUAAUAUUUACAUAAGGAAAGUUAUAUUAUAUUUGAUCUUGCCAGACUUUUCUUUAGUAGAGGUGCCUGAUGAAAGUACUUGAAUCUAAACUGUAAAGUUUUUUUUAAAUUAUAUCAGGCAGCAGUGUGAUAAUUGGGCCACCUAUAAUCGCAGUAAAGUGUAUAACCUUUUAGAGCAUUCUAGCCCUCUGAUCGCCUGAUGUCCAAUUCAUAACUUUUGGGGUUUAUUUUCUUUUUAAUUAUUUUUGGCUUUAAAAAAAAAGUUCAUACUUGUACACAUGUCUUUGGCUAUAAUACUUAAAAAAUCUGUGACAGAAAAGACAGCUGGU